AAAGUCUGAGCAAGGGUUUGCUCCAAACAAGUGUUCAUGUUUCUGUUUAUCCUCAGCAGCAGGUGAGGGAACGAUAAAGUCAGUUCGGAGAGACGGUACAAAGGUUUCCAAGUGAGUGAAGUGCUGUGAAGUGCUGUGAGCUGUCAACCCCCCAGCUUGGCGCAAACACACCGCUCACCUGGACUUGAAAUACGAGCAAGGAAGUAAGCUGAAGCUUUUAUUCUUUCACUUACCGUAGAGUGAUGUCUUCAUUCAGGUGAGACCCAGUGCAACUCAUGGCAAGACAUGACCAGAAGGAGGACUUUAAACCUGACGGCUCGGAAAAACACCAAAGCUGAUCACCGAAGACGUCCUGAAGGUUUUAAGGAUUUAAGAUCUCUCUUACUUUAAACUUUGGUCAGCUGAACUUUCCGCUACAGACUACACCCAAAUCCAGGCUGAGCCGUGUGGUUUGGCUGUGCUGGGACUCCUUUUUUAUUUUUUCCACUCUGAGGACAGUUUAGAGAUCGGUGUCAGUGGGGAAGACCAGCAUAAGUGUGCUAUUCCUCGUCUUCCAUUCGGGUGUUGGAGUUAAUUACACCUUCUGGGAUUUUUCUCUUUGUGCCAGGAUCUUGGAGAUGCAUCCAAGGAUAAAUGUAAUGAACAGAAGGCAUGAGAAUCUGAGAAAGUUAUACGUGCUUCACCUGUAACUGACCCAGAAUGGGCGAGUGAUGCGUGUUGCAUUAACGUGAAUCAUAUCUCAGGAAGUCCUGGUCACGACCUCGGGUGUGCUUUACACCCCAGGAUCUCAAAGCGUGAAAAAAAGUUCUUUGCCCUUUCAAGACUGACCAUGCAGCUGUGAGGUCAGGUGGCCCUCCGUCCAUUACAGGUCUUGACCCUGUUUAACCCAACCUCCGUCUAUUUCCGCCUUUUUUCCUGGGGAGCAUGCGGAAGGAGAAGGAGAAGCACUCGGGCUCUUCGGGCAGAGACAAGGAUAAGAAGCAAAAGGCCGCCUCGGUCACUCGUGCCCUCAGCUGGCUCAGCGGAUCAACGCUCUCGCGCCAGACCCGCAAACUGUUCCGCAGCCACACCGACCUGAACACACUCACAGCACACCGAAACCAUGAUAAAGGUGAUGAAGAUGACUGGGUGUACGAACCCCAGCACUAUAUAGCCGUGUCUAACCUGGACGAGGAGAGUAAGUGGACAGUUCACUACGCGGCACCGUGGCACCAGCAAGAGAAUGUCUUCCUGCCUUCAUCCAGACCAGCCUGUGUGGAAGAGCUGCACCGGCAAGCUAAAGUCAACCUCAAAACAGCCCUCAGAGAUUGUGAUAAGCUGAGAAAGGAUGGCUUUCGCAGUUCCCAAUACUACUCCCAGGGUCCUACCUUCUCAGGUUCAGGCCAGUCCCGCAUCAGCCAGAUGGAGGAUGAGGAUGAUAUUGAUGAUAUUGAUGAUAAGUCGAAUGCCUCCUCUGCAGACGGGGACAAAAGCUCCAGCGCAAUGAGAGCAAACGGUGCAGUAAAGGCCGUCAGGGAUGAGGUGGACGGGCAGGAGUCGCGCUUCAAACCCUUACCCACUCCCGAGGAAAAAAUGAGACAACAAGCUCAGGCCAUUAUGACCGACAUCGUUCCCAUCAAUGUCACAGGGAUGACGUUUGACCGUCAGGCCAGCGUCCGUCGCUCCCUAAUAAACACUGACACUCUGACCCGUCGGCCCAAGAAGGUCAAACGGAGAACGACUAUUUCAGGUUUACCCAACAACGUUCAGCAGGAACUAGCUAAGGGACGAGGAGGGGAGCUCCGACCACAGUCCAUGUUUAUUCCUGGAGCGUUUUCAACAUUGGAACGUUCUGGGAGUUUGAGUUCUACGCUAAGGCGCUCUGAGAUGAGGGAUUCCAUGUGCCAGACCGAGGAGGUAAAAAUUGUUCCACCGUCUGUAAGGAGGAUCCGAGCUCAGAGAGGCCAAGGAAUUGCUGCCCAAAUGGCUGGCUUGUCAACAUCCGCGACCAAUAUAUCUACAGGUGCAAAUGAACAUUCUCCGGGAUCUCCUGUGCAUGUCAUGGCUCCUCGAUUUAAUGGUGACCCUCAGCGCUUCCACAGUUUGCCACGUGGUGCCCGGGUUUCUUUGAACCCUGAUCUUUUAAACAGCGGUAACUCGAUUAGGCCAGAGGAUAGUGCCGUACCAGCAUCGCGGCAAAUUGGAAAGCUCCAAGUUGAUGACACUGCAGUUCACAUGAGGAACGCCCCCAGGACUAGCACUUCAGCCCGCCCAAAAUCCCAGGAGGUAUGGGGAUCACAUGGGGACUGGGGGACUGCAUCUGUUGUAUCUCCUCAUGCAGCAUACUCAACAUCGCUCAUCCCCAAUGCAACAUUGUCAUGUUCAGCUGAGGUGAUUUCCCUUCACUCUAGCCCAGAGCAGCAACUGCAUGCAAGGCCUCUCAGGAUAUCAUCAAGUAUCAAUGGAGAAAGCUCCACCAGUGUGGCAACCAGUGCUGAGACAGGAGAGACAGACAUGCAGGAAGCCCGUCAGUCAGACAGCAGCUUAAAUAGCCACAGUACCCUUGCUGCAGGAACAGCAUCAUCAGAUGAGCAAUGGAUUUAUGACACCCCUGAGAAUGUCUUGCCCAGAAGACCCCUCACCUCCAGCUGCUCCACUCCUAUCAAUCAUCUCUACAAUAGCCUGGAGCGGUCCUCUAAAGGAACAGACUCCAGUUCACUCUACUCCAUGGACAAUGAUGGUUACUACACUUCCAUGCAUUUGGACUCGGGUCUGAGACCAAAAGGGCCUAGCAUUGCAGGCAGGACAGCACGGCAUAGCAUGUAUGAGUACAUAGGCCAGCCAGGUGAUCGUAGCAGCAUUUACAGCAAUCAGUCGCUAUCUCGAUCCAUUUCCCUCCGCAAGUCUAAGAAGCCACCCCUCCCACCAGCACGUACAGACUCCCUGCAGCGUAAGCCUAAGAAUAAAAAUGCUGUUAAUGCUAGCAAUGGUUCGAUUCUUAAUGAGUCACUGAUUGCUACACUUCAACAGUCGCUGCAAAAUGGGUUGAAAGGAAAGGGGUCUUUGACCUCAUCAUCUCAAAGCCCUAGUAGUGACUAUGAAGACCCCUGGAUGUUGCGCCCUAGGAGCCAGAGCAGCUUAAGUGCAAGCAGUAGCGGUGUGUCAGCCGCAGGGGUGGCUAAUGUUUAUUCCAUCUGUCAUGUCACACCGUCACAGAGUGACACCAGCAGCCUGCGGUCUGAUUACGCAGAGUCUUGGGGCUAUUACAUGGAUUACCCUCGUCUGCAUAGUGAUCAGGCACAAUCACCAGCACAUACAAACUUGAUGUCUAAUGGAGGACAACCCGAUAUAGUGACAAAUGGACCACAUAUCCACAACGAUAUUCAAAAAGCCCUUCCUCCUGCUCAGGGCAAUAUGUCAGCAAAGCCUCAGGUAAACACAUCCUCGCCAGAUAGGGUACAUCGAUUGACCUCCCCUUCAAGUGGAUAUUCAAGUCAGUCCAACACUCCAACAGCUGGUACUCCUGUUCCCACGUUUAUGAGGUCUAUGUCACCUUCUGGCUGUAAGCCCAAGCCACGUGUGCCUGAAAGGAAGUCCUCUUUGCUCUCGUCAGUGUCCAUCUCCUCUUCUUCAACAUCUUUAUCUUCUAACACUUCAGAUUCUAAUAGGAACAACAUCCCCCCUCCACCCCCACCACUGCCUCAUUUAUCAGGGUCUCUUUCACCGCUAACCCAUGAACCUUUCCCUCCACCUCUUCCUCCCUGCAGUCCUGUCUGCUCUUCAAGUCAAACCUUUCCACCUCCACCUGCUCCUCCUUUACCCAACACCCCACAUCACGAAGUAAUAUCCUUAAGCCCGCUCUCCAUAGAUUCCUCUUCAGAGUUUCCCCCCCCUCCUCCAGAGUUGUUGAAUGACGACAGCUUGCUCCAUAAUGGAUCCUUUAGCCCCAUUCUUCAUCCGCCCCUACCUCCACCACCUCCCUCUACUGUAAAUGCUCAUACUCCCCCACAACCCCCAUGCUUGCCUGCAUUGACUCCAGUUAUACCUUCUUCUGCAAGCCUAAAGGGAAUUAAAAAAAGACUUAAACCAGUAAACUCAGACAGAAGGUCAAUGUCCAUUCAUUCUGAAGAGAUUGGCAAGCCUGGGAUGCCAAUAAUAACCCCGUUUGCUCUCCAAAGUGUGCAGCUUCGGUCCGUCAAGCAACCAGAGAAAAGGGAAGACAGCAAUAAAUCUCAACAGGUGGAAACUGAGCGGAUUUCUACUAAGCAUGGCACGACAGAGAAUUUUAAACAGUUAGAGGACCCGACUGUUGUGUCAAAGCAACCUUCUUGCUCUACUCCUGAAAUAAAUGGAACAAUGAAAUCUCCAUCAACAGAGAAUAUACCCGCCAAAGACAAGAACCAAGAAGAGAUACCACCUAAGACAAAUCCAGAAGAAAAAAUUCCUUAUGAAUUGACUGAUUGCCCUUUAAGUGACUUUCUAAGCCACCCUGAAGCAGAGUUGGAUGGUAUACAGAGGGAGGAGAGGAAACCACAAAACACCACACCCAAGAAAGCACCUCCUCUGUUGUCCAAGAAGCCCAAACUCUCCAAAGUCUCCGCUAUCGACGCAGAGCUUAUUGUAGAGGACAAGCAGACACUGCACAAUGAGGAGAAGGAAUCUUUUCAAGAGAUUUUAAAAGUUCAAGAAUCCAUGCCUGUUUGCGUGCCUAACCCAGAGGUUGUGGAGGAGGUAGAAAAAAAUGAUGACAAAAUUUUCGCGUGUGAAAGCAUCACAUGCCCGGCUGAUAGUCGGGUUGAGGAACCUUCGCAGACACCCGUCAAUCUGGAAGCCUCUGUGUCUGCUGAUGAUGAAAUGGACUAUUCAGAAGGAGAAGAGGAAGAACAUGGAGAUGAUGACGAAUAUACAAUAAGCAGCACUGCAACAUCAGUCUGCUCCAAAGAUGACGGUGAAGUAUUCGACUCCAACUCAUCAAACUCGCCCCAGACUCCCAGCAUUAACGGUGACGACUCUCAAGACAUGGUAACUCCCACACGGCCUCGCACCACAGAGGACCUCUUUGCAGCAAUUCACAGCUCAGACCGUGAAUGGCUGGGCAUGAAUGCCCCCCAGCCCCAGAGGUCCAAGCGAAAGGUCCUGGGUCGAAGGGAGUCAGACGAUGAGCGUGUGCGAGGUCAAUCAUCUCCUCCGGCCACACCGACAGGACCAGUUCCUUCCCUCACCUCGACUCUGCCUCGACAGUCUGGUUCUAUCCAGCGCAGCCUGCGCAAAUCAGCCACCAGCAGUGACACCUUCAAGGCACUGCUGUUAAAGAAGGGCAGCCGCGCAGAAGGCAGCUUCCGCAUGUCCGCUACUGAAAUGCUACGCACAACCGACCCGCGGUCCCAAAGGACUCGAUCGCUAGACUCCUCUCUGGACCCGAGUUCACCUACAGGAGGCCUGGACAGCCCCUGCUCUUCCCCUGGUCGCAGCAAGAGGCUGCCGGAGGACUGGCCCCGGAAUGAGACCGUACUGCAGCGUUACUCUCUGUCUUCGCCCUUGUCCCCUUCCUCCAUGCUGGGACCAAAGUACGGCCGAUCUCGCACACCGCCCUCUGCUGCCAGCAGCAGGUACAAUUCCCGGAGUCGUAUUCCUAGCAGCCCAAUGACCGUUAUCUGUGAGAGAGAAGGAGAGUUAACCGAGAGUGGAGAAGGACUGGAUGAAGCUGUUUCUCCAUUAGGUUCCUCCAUCACAGUUACUCAAGACUUAACUGGCACUUUAUGUGAGGGGGAGACUUAACACGAAAAUGACUUUUUCCCAUUAAGGGAACGAAUGAACUUCGUCACAGUGGCAGAGGACCAGUGGAAGAGCAGAUGGGAGCCUCUUAUCUGUCUGGUCCUCAGUCAAGGCUCCGGGCCAUGCUGCACAAAACUGGUUGUAAUGGUAGGAGAUACGUCGAGCCAUAAGGUGCCUCCUUCAGACUAAUUUGUGUCUGAAGUAGAUCCCAUUUCUGUCCCAGCUCUUCACUAUUUUUGUUCCUGCUGUUGUAUGAGAGAAAGUGCUUUCCUUUAUAGUAGUACACUUAAAUCCAUUUCUUUGUUCUGUUUGGUUUGCUUGUCACCUUCCACUGUUUACCUUAAGAACUUUAUGUUGGGAAGGUAUAAGGACUGAGUUAUAAUAAACGGUAUGUGGGAAUCUGAGAUGAAGGAUUUGCCAAGCAAGUGUCAUCCCUUCGACCAGUGGCUAGAACGGCUCUUCUUUGUGAAAAGCACAGCGUGUUCUCGAGCUUGCAGCCCAGCCCAUCUGCAGCGAGCUGACCGAUGAACACUUGCUUAGAAAUUUAUGGUGAAUUUCAGAUCGACAGACACACCGCCAUGAACUCCGGAUGCCGUGUAAAAGCAUUUCCACUGUUUUCGCUCACUCUCGAGACUCACCUGUUGUGAGGGAACUGACAAGCAGGUCCAACACACAGUGGUGAAGAGUGUCAUGUACAGGACUGUUGAAGCUGCACAACUGAGACGCAGGUUGAGGUGCUGUAGGAGAAGAUUUUCUGUUCGAUUUUUAGUAUGUAGCUUUGCACUGUGUUCAUGUGUCCGUUCGUCUGUUGCUCGUUCAAAAUGUUUAAAUGUCCUGCCCGUGUUGGUUAUGAGUUUUUACCCGCAAAGAGAAAACCUACUUGAACUGAGUAACAUCCGUGUUGUUUGAAAUAUUUUUGUUAACCAAAGAGUUUAAAGCUAAAAUGUAAAUGUGGCCUGCUGUAGGGACUCUGGGGAGCUCAGGCGCUCACUCGACUGGGAGCAAUAAAGAUUCUUCUGUAAAGCUUUGCUAAAGACUAGCUUUUACAUUUCUUCUCAUUUAAUAACAACUUUAAAAAUCUUACAUAAAAUCUCUCAUGUGCAGUUUUAUACUGUUUUUUUUUUUUUUUUUGUAUAUAAACCAAAAAAUAACUUUUGGAUUUAUUUUCAAAGAAUUUGUACACCCUUGUUAGAGGAAAUGGCUUUCUUUUGUAGAGUAUUUAUUUUUAGAUUAAGCGGAAUGUGAUGUGGUUUAUUUCAGAGGGGUUUUACAGAUCUGCAGCACAGACUCAUCAUUAUUUGGAAACAGUUACAUCACUGUUUUAGUCCCAUGAUCAGUUUCCGACUUUGUGGCCUUUAUGUCUCAUUCUUGUCCUUUUGAUCCAGGAAACCAAAAAGACAGUGACAGAGGAAGAAGGCUGCUAAUCCUCAUGUUUGUCUCUCUAAUACAAUAAAUGGUGAUAUUUAAAAAUGG